AAUAUAAUUUAUGGACCAAACUUGUUACUUUCGUUAUCAUAAAUUUUAGAUAUUCACACAAAUUGAUUGCCAGGAUAAACACUAUAAUUUAAAAAUCAAUGGGAAAAUGAGGUAAUUAGGAAACAAACAAAUUAAUAAUAUAAUUUGUGUAUCAAAACCGUUUAGUUUCUAUAAAUUGGUGAGCAAGAGCUCCUUUUGCUUUCAAAAACAUGGCGUUUUCAUUUCAGCUCCAACAAGUCUUCCCUUUCCCUGUUAAAUUUUGUUCCCAACCAAAAUCAAUAAAACUUCAAAUUUUCCCCAAUUUAACGAAAAGACUGCCAAUUCAUCCACUUGCCUCUGCGCAAAACAACGCCACCAGCAACAUUGACCACAAUUAUAUCGCCAUGGACGAGAGUUCAAUCAAUGAAGAAGAAGUGCCGUUGCCUACAGAAUUGAGCAGAGAACUGAUGCCGAAACAUAUCGCGGUGAUAAUGGAUGGGAAUAGAAGGUGGGCAAAGAGGAGAGGAUUACCGGUUGCGUUAGGUUACGCAGCCGGUAUUCGAGUUCUUAGGAACUUUGUUAAGCUCAGCUACAAUUGGGGAAUUUCUGCUCUUACUCUAUUUGCUUUUUCCUCUGAAAAUUGGUUCCGUCCUAAAGCGGAAGUUGAUCUUUUGAUGGGCUUAUUCGAUAAAGUACUGAAAGAUGAACUUGAAAAUCUUGCCAGGUAAAUGGUAUUAUUGAAUUAUCAUACAUUAGCCAAUCGAACAAACUAUAUUUAGAGUCUGUUUG